AUGAAUCGCGCGAACAUGGAUCUGGUCAAAGCACUAUUUCGUCGAGAAGUAUUCGGCACUCGACUUCCCAUAUUCCCGAGUCUAAGGCCUAUAUGCCUAUGGGACAUUCUUCCUAAGGCAUUAUGUGAUGAAGUAUUUCUUGGGUUCACUGCAGAUGGGCGCUUUCUUGUAUCCUACGUUUUCAGAUCAAAUGUAUUUAGGCUUGCUUUUUGGCUUGUGCCUGGCGAUGAGGGCUCCCCCAACUCUUGGUUGGGUAAACCUUUUGCAGCAUUCUCCACCUCGGUGCCAAACAAUCGGAUCCACGACCAACUUGGUGUUCGAUUCCUUCAGUCGAUAGCUGAUACACAGGCAUUUGUUCUAAUUUAUUCUUUGGGCAUAGAUUCGAUUUCAAUCGUCUGGGGUACAAUGCCUGAGCCAAGCUGCUCCGACUGCCGACUAGCAUGUGAACUUAUGGGAACACGCCAUUCUUUCUACUGUCCAAAGCAUUUCCAGUAUCUUACUUUAUCUCCUGAUUGCUCCUUUUUUGGUCGCGAAUGUGUCUCCGGAUGGUCUGCCGAAGUGGUUGAUGGUAGUCCUAACUGUAGUUACAAAGGUAAGCUAAUUCAUUGCCCCUCUAAAGCCACUUCAAAAGGACAAGUGUGCUCGUGUAUGGGAGACUUGACCUCUAGUGUGCAUCCAUCGGUGUGUCCAGAAACAGGACGUUUGCGAGUUACGUGGGUUAGCCAAGGUCGCCAAGUUCGCCUUCUUAGCUGCUCGUUUGGUGGCAGUUUGUCGUGUGCAAUGCCUAUGGGUUCUUACGCGGACCGCAAUAAGUAUGCACGGGGUAGGUUUUCAUAUCUGCCCCCUCUAGCGCAUCGGGAAUCGUUUUUGACAAACAAUUAUUGCUCCUCGUGCUUCUUAUGGUCAGAUGACGUUAGUCGAUGUCGAUUUUCUCCGAAACACCCACAAGUUUUGUCGUCUGGUUGGCCAAAUUGUGACUUGUGGGAAUCUUAUGGCUUUGGUAAACGGUGUGCUCUUUCAACGCUUCCUGUGCGUGUCGUCAAGUUGGAUGAACCAUGGCCAGAAGGUCACAGACAUCCUCUUCUUCUUGCCAGCAACUUUUUACAGGACCAUAAGUGUAUCGGGCCAAGGCACAAAUUUGACUAUUGGAUGCCAUCUCUGCUGGCCUCUCGUGAACAACUACAUUUCUGUCAGCCACUGAACUACUUGGCUAUGUUGCAGGAUAUCCGAGCUUCUUAUUUGCACUGGGCACUUGUACCACAGCGUGGAAAGAAUAAAUUGACUCCUCCUUUCGCUUUGAGUGGUUUGAGCCCCGAUAAGCUCUUGGCUAAUCGUCUCUGUGGCCAGUGCCACUCAUAUUUUGACACCCAAACCUGGCGGCCUUAUGACCAAGGUAAAGACUUGUCGCCUGGACUAUCCCUUAUCGCGCAUAUGGAGGAGGUUGUUUUCGAUAUACCGGAUUGUACAGAGGGGUUUACGGAUCGCAUUCUGUUUACUUCUCCAUUGGAACCCAACUGGAUCCUCGUCUACGACAUUGAACGCUAUACGACGGGAGCAAAGCACUCGCUCACUGCGCUAAUUGAUGCGUCGACGGGUCGGCAGUUGGACCCUGACGAGGCAAGAUGUACAAAUCGCCUACAGGCAGUAAAAUCACAAUGUCCGGCGUGGUUACGCUUCUCCUCUUCCAUUUCGCCACAUUGCUUUUCCUUGCCUACAUGUGCGACUGCCUCACCACUUCCACGAGUUUCCUUCCCUUAUGCGCCGUACAGUCAAGUCACCACUCUAAUGGAGUUAAAUAACUUCUCCGUUAUCUCUUCAUGCCGCAGUCUGGAUCACCUUUGUGACCCUCAAGGAGGCUUUGCGCUCUGUCUCUGA